GCAAUCUCCAAUAGGCGCAUACAACCUAAAAGUUUAAGAUUCUCACAACUAAUCAAUCUUCCUUAAUUUUUGCUGUUCCUAAAAUCCUACUAUUAUUUUCUUCAAUUAUUUUAGGAAUUAUUACAAACAAUUGCGAGUUCAAUUUCGACAAAUUCCAAACCCUAAUUUCCUUCCUUUUUCCAAACGAAUCUGAAGCAAUCUCAUCUUUUCGUUAAUGGCGUUCGCUGGAUCAAAUUACCCACUUGAGGUUGGUUUACGAUUGCUACUGAGUCCACCUGGGUCUAAUGUUAUUGUUCGAACUGCGUGUUGUUCAGUGGGGGUAAUUUUGCCUGUUUAUACUACUUUCAAAGCUAUUGAAAGGAAAGAUCCUGAUGAGCAACAAAAGUGUCUUGUUUACUGGGCAGCAUAUGGCUCCUUUACUGUCGCUGAAAUGAUCACUGACAAGCUCAUUUAUUGGUUCCCCCUAUACUACCAUAUGAAGUUUGCUUUUCUUGUUUGGCUUCAGCUUCCGUCAACUGAAGGGGCAACACAGCUAUACAUGAACCACAUGCGUCCUUUCCUGUUGAGGCAUCAAGCUAAACUUGAUUACAUUGCGGGAUUUUUGUAUAGUGAAAUGGCUAAAUUUGCUGCUGUGCACCAAGCAGAACUACAAUUUGUAAAGAAAAUCAUUGUUAACAUUGUUGAAGCAGCAAAUCAGAUGCUCAGAGGAAUUUUGCACCCCGGCCGUGGGGGUGGUCAUCAUGCUGCUAUUGAAGGUCCAGCCGAACAAGAAGAAGAAGAGGAUUCGACUUUUGAGCAUGAAGAUUAACUAUUGCUUUGAUGCAGUGUGAAAUAGUUUUGUUGAUUUGUUAUUUUCAUUUUUUAAUUUAUCUUUUAGUUGAAUAGAUUUAGGUUCAAAUCUAGUUUUACUACAGUUCUGUAAAUGGGAAAUGUAUAGGAGAGUGUAGGUGUAACAUAGGAUUAUAGUACAGUUCAGAUUUAGUGAAUGCUUUAUGUGCAUUUACAUAUGUUCCUGUCGCUUUGAAAUUUUCUGGACUAUAUUAAAAUGACUUAAUUAACUACUUUUACUUCUUUAUUAUUGUGAAUUAAUAAAUACUUUGUUGUAUUUCA